AUGACUGUGUUCAGUCGUGACCCGGUAGUGUGUGCACAUGGAGAGAAAAUCAGACAAAUGCUGUAGCUAUCUUGUCUUUUUGUUUAGAUUCCCACCAAAUCCACACUUCAGACAUGACACACUAAGUUUAUUUGGGUUGCCCUCUCCCCAAGCCACCCAUCUGUUAGAUCUGAGUUGAGCUGGGAGGGGGACGGGGGCUGAAUCAGAAGACCCCCUCACCUCUCGGCCUUAUCGACUAGUUUCCUAUCACCUUCUGCGCUGUACCGGUUCCAGCUAGAUAUCCCUGUUUUGUCUUCUUUCUCGAUUUCCCUCUCUCCCUCCCUGUUUAAUACGACAACCUACCUCCUAUUGCUCCACCUCCCCAGUGUCCCCAGGCUUAGACCUAGCCCUCUAUCCAGGGUAGAGAUUCAAGGCCAAUGCCCCUGUCAUCCCUGCUCCAUACAGGGUGCUGUGUGCCAGGAUGGGGGGGGGGGCAUUGAUUUGGGUGGAGGGUGUUGGUUAGAGCAGGCAGCCCUCUCUCUCUUUUUUUUUUUAUCUCCCCCUGACUGUCUGUUCUAAAGGCAUUACCUUGUACCACUCCUUCGUUCUCUCUCCCUCCAUAUGCUCUCAGCCUCCAUCCACCGCUCAUCUCCUUCUUGACCCGACACUCUGCUGUAGGACGUACCCAUCCAUGGUCUCCCAGCACCUCUCUCCCUCUGUACCUCUCUCUCUUAACCUCCUCAUCCCUCUCUUCCCAGCCACCUGCAGAGCUACAAGGCUGCCCAUGUUUCCACCCAUCAGCUGUAGCAGGAUGGACAGAGGGAUGUAGACGGGGCAUUCCCGGGGAAAGGUUUUGCAGAACAAGCUCUAUUUUGGUGGCCUUUGGUACAUUCCAAUGCCUUGAUUCCAUCUGAAAUACACAGCUAAAUGAUUGAAUACUUUAAUGACUUUACCUCCCAUAUUGGUAAAAUUAGUUCUGGUAUUGAGUAGAAAGACAUUACUUUCCAAUUAAAAUUACUGAAAAUGUAUGAAUUCAGUGUGUUAGUUGUUUGGAUAUCGUCUAGGCCUAAGCCUAUUUGAUCAUUACUAUUUUCUAAGUAAGAUAAAAAAAAUAUUAAAAAAUUAAACAUUGAGCCUGUCUUGUCUUGAGGUUAAACUCAUAUUUACAGUUGUAUGUAUUUUAUUGGCUCUGCUGCUGUGGACACUUAGGGUAAGGAAACGGAUGUGUACUGUUGGUGACCUAUCCCUUUAACAGUUUGGCCUGUCAAUCAAUCACUGUGAGUGAGAUUGUCAGGGGAGGGAGUAAAUUAGUAAUGUAGUCAGUAAAACGAGUCUAGUCUACUCAUUUAAUUGAUUGUGGCAAAACUAAAUUCAAGACUGUUGUGAGCUUUAUGAGUUGAAAAUUGAGAUUGCAACAUCAAAGGAGGUCAUUUCUAUCCUGUUUGAAGGCUUAGAUUUUCUUUGAAGUAAACUACACUGAACAAAAAUAUAAACGCAACAUGUAAACUGUUGGUUUCAUGAGCUGAAUUAAAAGAGGAUUUCUCAUUUGCCAAGAUAAGAAGCUGAUUAAACAGCAUGAUCAUUACACAGGUGCACCUUGUGCUGGGGACAAUAAAAGGCCACUCUAAAAUGUGCAGUUUUGUCACACAAGACAAUGCCACAGAUGUCUUAAGUUUUGAGGGAGCGUGUAAUUGGCAUGCUGACUGCAGGAAUGUCCACCAGAGCUGUUGCCAGAUAGUUGAAUGUUCAUUUCUCUACCAUAAGCCGCCUCCCAACGUCGUUUUAGAGAAUUUGGAAGUAUGUCCAACCGGCCUCACAACCGCAGACCAUGUGUACCCACGCCAGCCCACGACCUCUACAUCAGGCUUCUUCACCUGCGGGAUUGGUCUGGAGAAGUGUGCUUUUCACGGCUGAAUCCCGGUUUCAACUGCACUGUGUGGGCGAGUGGUUUGCUGAUGUCAACGUUGUGAACAGAUUGCCCAAUGGUGGCGGUGGGCAUGCAUAAGUUACGGACAACGAGCACAAUUGCAUUUUAUUGAUGGCAAUUUGAAUGCACAGAGACACCGUGACGAGAUCCUGAGACCCAUUGUCGUGCCAUUCAUCCGCCGCCAUCAUCUCAUGUUUCAGCAUGAUAAUGCACGGCCCCAUAUUGCAAGCAUCUGUACACAAUUCCUGGAAGCUGAAAAUGUCCCAGUUCUUCCAUGGCCUUUUUAAGGUAUCUGUGACCAACAGAUGCAUAUCUGUAUUCCCAGUCAUGUGAAAUCCAUAGAUUAUAGCCUAAUUAAUAUAUUGCAAUUGAUUUUCUUAUAUGAACUGUAACUCUGUAAAAUCUUUGAAAUUGUUGCGUUUAUGUUUUUUUUCAGUGUAGUUUAUUGUGGCAAAAAGCCACACUCCGCAUUGGUUCGUGCAUAGGAACAGCCCUUAGUCAUGGUAUAUUGACAAUAUACCACACCUUCUUGGGCCUUAUUGCUUAAUUAUACCAUAUAAGUAUCAUGACAUUAGCUUUCAUAACCUUCAAUCUGUUUUCUUUUAUAAUAUUUUUGACUAAAAUGAGGCUCUCUCCCCCCUAUCUAUUGUUCCUGCAGUGAGGAUUAAACAUCUUCAUCUAAUGUUUUCAUAAUUUAUCUGUAGAUUAUCGCCAAAAUGCAGUAGCAAUUGACCAGUAUGUUAAUUAGGGAGCCAAAUGAAUGGCGCUCUCACCGAUGCGAUUUGGUUCCGUUCACCUAAAGCAGUGGUGUCCAACUCAUUCCACAGAGGGCAGAGUGUCUGCAAAAAGAGCAGUUUGUUCACAAAGUUGCUAGGCUAUACUGACGAGUCACUAGCGGUCACGUGCAAGUCUCGACAUGGGCUUCGAAUCCUAGGAAAAUACAUUUAGCAGACGCUCUUAUCCAAAGCGACUUACAGUUAGUGAGUGCAUACAUUAUUUUUUUUAUUUUUCAUACUGGCCCCCCGUGGGAAUCGAACCCACAAUCCUGGCGUUGCAAACGCCAUGCUCUACCAACUGAGCUACAUCCCUGCCGGCCAUUCCCUACCCUACCCUGGACGACGCUGGGCCAAUUGUGCGCCGCCCCAUGGGUCUCCCGGUCACGGCCAGCUACAAACAAGAUCUUUGGUUUACUUGUCCCGAUGUGUUACCACGGACAUAUAACUACGUUGUAUGAUUUAUGAAUAGCAAAGGUACAGUAUAUAGGAGAUGGCCUUUAUUCAUUGAGUGUGACACCUUUUAUAAACUAAUCAACACUUGCUGUUCGGUUGUAAAUCAAAGCAGAGUAGCCUAAAUAUCUUAUACGCAAAAUAAAAUAAAUGAAUGUGCCACAAAACAAUAAUUAAGUGGAUGUCAACUCCUUGUUACCACUUACAUUACAUGGGACGUGUAAAUUCGCCCACAGGGGACGAUGUGAAGCAUAAUGCUCUCCCACCUCCUUGAAAAGAAAUGUGUCUGCAGCCAGGACAGCAGACUGACAAACCAGCGCUUUGUGAUUGACAGGCGCCUGUCCUAUCAAUAGAUCAUUAGAAGAUGCCUAUCAUUCAUUCUAGCGGAAGAAGCCUAUACAGACUUUUCUGACUAGCGAAUUGAAACUUUUAAAUGAAAAGAAGUCUAGUUAAUUAAUGAAGUGAAAAAGUAGCCGGCUUGACAAUGAGUCGGUUAUCGGCUAUUUAGCCGACUCCCGGCGCUUAAGGAAAACACUGCUGUUCUCUCUGGCUAGCUGCUAGCAUAUUCUGAAGACAUUGACAUUCAUUCUUUUGUAUGCUGUUGUUUUAUUUGUCCUGAACAUUUUACUUCAUAAGUUGACACCGACUGUGACUAGCUUUGGGUAGGAGCAUACAUGCUAAUUUAUUGCUGCACUUAAAUCGUAUAGUGCCAUUUGUUAACAGUCAAACGUCCUCUCACCUGAAGAUCUAGUGUGUUGAUAAUGUAUUCAUGACAGUCUGGGUUACAUAAGUGCACUCAGAGUGAACUCUGAGUGUGUGUGAGAGAGCGAGAUCCCACCUUGCCAGUCUUAAUCCAUGCAGGUGAACACGGUGUCAGAUGGCCUGCAUUCUGCUGCCUCUUAGACAGGCCAUGCCCACUACUGCCCUGAUGCCUCCCGAAGGAUACCACUUUCAGUCAGGUGUGUGAGGAGGAGUGUGUGUGGCUGUGCGUACGUACGUGUGUGUGUGUGUGUGUGUGUGUGUGUGUGUGUGUGUGUGUGUGUGUGCGCGUGUGUUCGAUAAGACAGGGAUGUGUCCACAUGUUUUAGAGGGGACAUGUUUGAGCUUGUCUGGCUCUCAGCCAGUGGACUGGUGGAGUGGGUCCUGAUCUGAAACACUGAUGCUAAUUGUCCACGGAUUCAUGACCAACAUGCAUUGAUAUUUAAGCCUUGCAGUGUUGUUUUGUGCAUUUUUGUGGCGUGUAUCAGAGUGUUUGUCUGUGUGUGUAUCUGAGAAUCUUUCUGUGCUUGUAGGCGAGUCGAUGAGUCUCAGUUUGUGCUUGUAUGAGUUGAGCUGAGUCUCUGUGUGUGUCUCAGUGUGUGUCUGUACGUGUGUGUCGGGGGGGGUGCGGAUUAGUGAGCUGACAGCGGAGUGUUGAGGGCCUAACUAUCCCAGUGCAUGCUGGUCUCUCUGUCUCCCCAUUGGCCAAUAAGCUCCUUAAAAACAAACACUAAUCAAUCUCUCUUUCUCUUUUUUUCUCCUUGUCUUUCUCUCCCUCUUACUUCUUUCUCUCUCUCUCAAAGCACUAUUGGGAAUGAUAAGAAACCACAUUGCCAAAAUAAAUUGUAAUAGCAACAGUAUAAAAGGAACAGCAAAAGUAAUGGAACAAAAUAUGUAUAAGUUGUAUUGUGCAGAAAUUUGAGUAUUAUUAAUUUAUUGGGUGUUCUCACGUGCUUCCUUUUUUAGCCUGUCUCUCUCUCUCUCUCUCUCUCUUUGUUUCACUCCCGAGAGAGUGAGAGAGAACCCUGCUCCUCUUUUCUCCUCCCCACAGUGUCAGAUUGAGAAUGGUGUACAGGAGUCAACACCCCCUCCUCCCUCUGGUUAUCACACUGUAGAGUCCUAAUGUUGAUGGAAGACACUGUUAACACAACAAUGAUCACACUGAUUAGUGUCUGUUAGGGUGUGUAAUGUGUAUACUAUGGAGGCCCGCUAAAAAAGACUAGUAUCCCAAUGGGACUCCUAUACAGGGUAUAGGAUACAUAAAAGAUUAGCCUUGCCUACAGUAAAAUACAGACAAAACAUUUGACAGCACCCCUUUUGAGUUGAACAAAACUUUCCAUACAUACUAGGGUCAAAUAUUUUCCAGGUGUGUUACAAAUGUCCAAUCUCGAGAUUAAAUCACUUUUCUCCCGGGUAACCCGGUAUUUCCUGACAGAACUGGAAGUGUAAUAAAGCAUAUAAAUAUGUCUGAAUUUGAUUUAGAGCUUUGAUCAGCAUGAAAAUUCUAAGCUGAUGCUACCGGACUCUGAUGAGCCAUAUAUUAAAUACAUUUUAUGAGCCCUACAUUAACGACAUUUAAUGAGCACAAGCCCCAAAAAAUAGAGAAUUGAAAUAUCAAAUGUACAUAAGUAUUCAGAUCUUUUACUCAGUACGUUAUUGAAGCACCUUUGGCAGCGAUUACAGCCUCGAGUCUUCUUGGGUAUGACGCUACAAGCUUUGGCACACCUGUAUUUGGGGAGUUUCUUCCAUUCUUCUCUGCAGAUCCUCUCAAGCUCUCAGGUUGGAUGGGGAGCGUUGCUGCACAGCUAUUUUCAGAUCGCUCCAGAUAUGUUAGAUCGGGUUCAAGUCCGGGCUCUGGCUGGGCCACUCAAGGACAUUUAGAGACUUGUCCCGAAGCCACUCCUGCGUUGUCUUGGCUGUGUGGUUAGUGUCAUUGUCCUGUUGGAAGGGAAACCUUUGCCCCAGUCUGAGGUCCUAAGCGCUUUUUUCAUCAAGGAUUUCUCUGUACUUUACUACAUUCAUCUUUACCAUGAUCCUGACUAGUCUCACAGUCCCUGCCACUGAAAAACAUCCCCACAGCAUGAUGCUGCCACCACCAUGCUUCACUGUAGGGAUGAUGCCAGGUUUCCUCCAGACGUGACACUUGGCAUUCAGGCCAAAGAGUUCAAUCUUGGUUUCAUCUGACCAGAGAAUCUUGUUUCUCAUGGUCUGAGAGUCUUUAGGUGUCUUUUGGCAAACUCCAAGUGGGGUGUCAUGUGCCUUUUACUGAGGAAUGGCUUCCGUCUGGCCACUUUACCAUAAAGGCCUGAUUGGUGGAGUGCUGCAGAGAUGUUUGUCCUUCUGGAAAGUUCUCCCAUUUCCACAGACGAACUCUAGAGCUCUGUCAGAGUGACCAUUGGGUUCUUGGUCUCCUCCCUGAUCAAGGCCCUUCUCCCCCGAUUGCUCAGUUUGGCCAGGUGGCCAGCUCUAGGAAGGGUCUUGGUGGUUCCAAACUUAUUCCAUUGAUAGAGGCCACUGUGUUCUUGGGGACCUACAAUGCUGCAGGAAUGUUUUGGUACCCUUCCCCAGAUCUGUGCCUCGACACAAUCCUGUCUCGGAGCUCUCCGGACAAUUCCUUCGACCUCAUGGCUUGGUUUUUGGUCGGACAUGCACUGUCAACUGCGGGACCUUAUAUAGACGUGUGUGCCUUUCCAAAUCAUGUCCAAUCAAUUGAAUUUACCACAGGUGCACUCCAAUCAGGUUUUUAGAAACAUUUCAAGGAUGAUCAAUGGAAACAGGAAGCACUUGAGCUCAAUUUCGAGUGUCAUAGCAAAGGGUCUGAAUAGUUUUGUAAAUAAAGUAUUUCUGUUUUUUAUUUGUAAUAAAUUAGCAAAAAAAUUAACUUUUUUCUUUGUCAUUAAGGGGUAUUGUAUGUAGAUUGCUGAGGAUUUUGUAUUAAUUUAAUCCAUUUUAGAAUAAGGCUGUAGUGUAACAAAAUGUGGAAAAAGUCAAGGGGUCUGAAUACUUUCCGAAGGCACCGUAUGUGAUAUAGGCUGCUGCACAUGACGCACGCCAGAAAAGCAUGAAAGCCCAUAGAUGUAGCUAGCUAUAAGCUCUCUUUGGUAAAUAAAUUAAACUAGCUCCAGUAGGCUAAUCUUUUUUAGUGUGAACUGUAUUACUGUAUUGUACUGUAUUAUAUGGACUGGAAUUACGCACAUUGUUCAAACCAUAAUAAAGCAGAAGAGAACAUGCAAUUCUGGUGCAGCACAUGUGGCCUACAAAGUUACAAGUAUAGUAUUUUGAAAUAUAAUAGGGCCUAUUUGUAUAGGCUAAUUAGUAGGCUGACACAUAUAUACCUUUCAUAAUUUUCCCCCUAAUGUUAUUAGCUUACCACCUCUUUCUCUCUCAAUUGUUGCUUCAUUCCUUUGUUGCUUUCAACAGUUCAAUUAAAUAAGUUUCGUUGUCCUUAUCUUCAUCAUUCUAAUGACAUCCUUAAAUAAUGUAGGACUGUAAUUAGAUGCAGAAGGCUUUCACUUCUCUUCACAAAGAUUGAAUGGUUAUGGGUCUGAAUAAAUAACUGCUAUACACUACCUCCAUCACGCGUUCGCUCUUCUUUCAAACUACCCGUGAGUUCUAUUAGCUGCAGUGUUUAACAUUCAGCAAAAAAAGAGCUUGCGUCCCUCUGUGAAAAGUCUAUCGGUAUAAGAAAUGCAGAAAAAUAUAAUGUCCAGCAAGCUAUUCUAGUCUAGCUUUUCCUGCAUGGGACUCCUAGAGCUAAGGAGCGUUUUUUAAGGAGAGGCCAGGUGUGUGCGUAUUGCCCAAGAGACAGAGGCUAUAAGUUAGAAGCUUAUUAUGCAUAACCCAUCAUUUAAUUAGCUAAAUAUAAGGCUAAUAUGGCAUUUAAUGUAUUACCUGAAAGAGGUAGGCUAGGACAUCCUAUAUAUAGGGCUAUAUAUCGAUCUUGAACAGGAUUAUCUAUUUUGGAUGCUAUUUGAAUGGAGUUGAUAGAGAAAGACUGUGAGAGAAUACUUGCACAUGUCCUGAUUUAAAGCAAAGAUAUUCGAGUGAUAGGCUGUUUUUAAAACUCUGCAGCUGCAAUUACCCCCGAAAGCCAGAUGGCGAUGGGUAAAUUAGAGAGCGCAUUCUGUCUUUAUAUCACUGUAGAAUAGGCUAGGCUGCAGCAAAUGUAGGCCUACCUGUCACAAGAAAAAAAGUUAACAUGAUGAGAUGAUACGUAGGUCUACAUGCAUUGUGAACUGCGCUCCAUACUGAGAUGGGCUGUCUUUCCCCACCCUGAGAGUUGAUUCAUCAUGCAGAGGCCGUAGAGAAGCCAGAUUUAGACAUUGCAGAUAAUUUAACAGUUCCAUUUCACGCCAUGCUGUUCAUAUAAAUAUUGUAUUAUAAUUGACAGUUUCUCGCAGUUAUUUAUCCUUGGAAAAGGGAGUAGUUUUGGGCUGUAAAUCUCUGCAAAUCUCGGUAACCGGGUUCUCGCCAUUCAACCCUAAUACAUACUGUAUUUGCCCAUUGUAGAAAUGCUCAGAAAGUGACUUUUUGGACCGGAAUGCCAAAACAUUCAAGAUAAAGGUGCUCAAAGUUGACCUAUUUUGCAUACCCCACAAUACUCGGAGACAUCCAUGUCUUCACUUGAAAAAUGUUACAGUUGAUUGAUAUCACUUAAAAAGCUUGCAAACAGGGUUGUCAAGCUAUUUUAUAAUUUCUUGAAAUUAACGUUUUAACCCUAGGUCACUUGUUGUCUAUUUGUAGUUGGAUAACAUUAGUUUUGGAGUAUCUCCCCAAAAAUGAGAUUUCAUUCUACAGUGCUAAUGUAUUUUUUAUAUUUGACUGGGUAAUGUCUUUAUUUAUAGUUUUGAUUUAAACUGAUUAAACUGAUUUAACCUGGGAUAGGAUAAAGUAAUCCUUCUACCCCCCCCCCUAAAAAAAAUAAAAAUAACAUAUUGUAAAGUGGUUAUCCCACUGGCUAUAGGGUGAAUGCACCAAUUUGUAAGUCGCUCUGGAUAAGAGCGUCUGCUAAAUGACGUAAAUGUAAAUGUAAAUGUAAAACAAGUCCUUUUUUAAAGAUGUAACAAAUCUAGUACAGUUACACUAUGUACUCAAAACACAUUUUAGUGACCUAUUUAGGAGUAGUCAUUUUGAAUGGCAGUCUUUGCAGGCAUUAUUUAGGAUCACAAGACAGGAAUUGAAAGACACAUGGGGCAAUUUCACUUUAAAAGUAUGCCAAACAAAAAAUAUUGAAAAGGGCAUUAUCAGUGUUAUUUCGACCUCAUAAUGUGGACAUAUAAUUUUUUUAAAUACGGAAAUCACCUUUCUGACUACACUGCCCCUUUAACAAUUUCUACUGAUAAUUAUACAUAUACACAACUACUCGAAGACCAGUGCAGACUUAAAGUUUGGUAACAGAAUUAUGGUAAAAUCUCGCUCAGUUCUUUUUGUGACCACGUUUUCCAAAUACUCAAAAGAUUCAAAGAUGUCUGCAGAAAUAAUGGGGUGUCCGCUAUGAUAUGACAUCCCGAGUUUGAAAAAUUUAUAUUUUUGUAUUGUACUACCUUAAGUGAAUGGAUUAACACCCGGUAACAGAAUGACAUCAUGGGUCCCUGAUCUGUACUAUACAGAAAUGCAUAAAUAUGAAUGUCAUACUCGUCAUGGUGGUGUAUCCUACAUAGGUACACAAAGGUAGAAAAAUGUAAUAUCCUCCUUUGCAUGUUUGGGUAUUAUUCUACACACUCGUUAUUAUUCUAAUGACCUCCGCCCCCAAACAAGACCAAAUCUGUACCAAUCAUAGGUGUUUAUGUUUCACAAGUUUGGACAUCACAAUACAGCACAGUAGAGUACAGUAAAGUCGAGUACAGUCCUCAUUCUACCCUCCUGCCCCAUAUGCACCUUUCACUCCCUUCAGCAGCCCCGCAGCAGGCUAAAAACUAUGGGUCACAGGGCUUUCAGUCGCACGGCUCCAUGGCUGUGGAAGGCACUUCCAGACACUACUAGGGCUGCAGAGUCUCUGUCCUCGUUAAAGGCACAGCUCAAGACUGUGCUGUUCAGAAAAGCUUUCAAGGACCUCUGCUAA